GAAUAAAAGGCCUGGUUAUGUUUCUGAAAUUACCCAUUUCACAGCGGCUCUCACAGACAGGGGAACAGCUUUUUCAAAAGUUUUAAAGGAUGGCAUUAUUUAGGAAAUUGUUCAACAAGAUUACUGAUGAUGACAGCAGCAGGGGUUGUAAAGGUGGCUCAGCAGAAACAGCAUAUUUUGGAACAGUAAAGUCUGAUCCGAAUUUUAAUGCUGAAAAUGAUGCUGCUAAAUUGAAGAAAGCCAUUGAAACCAAAGGUGUGGAUGAAGCCGCUAUCGUGGAGGUGCUGGCAAAGAGGACCAAUAAACAAAGACAACAGAUCAAGGAAGCUUAUCGGCAGAGUACAGGAAAACCUCUGGCAGAUGCGCUAAAAAAAGCUUUGAAGUCAAAUUUUGAGGACGUGGUCCUGGCCUUGCUGAUGACACCCCCUGAGUAUGACGCCUUCGAGAUGAAAAGAGCCAUGAAGGGUCUUGGGACAAAGGAAGCUGUCUUAAGUGAAAUUCUAGGGACCAGAUCGAACAAGGAGAUUACACUGAUGAAAACUGCUUUCAAAGAAGCCUAUGGAGAACUGCUGGACGAACAAAUUAAAAGUGAAGUUAGUGGGAAUCUUGAGACUGCCCUGCUUGCUCUUUGCAAGGCUACCAGGAGUGAAGACUAUAAUAUUGACGAUGGGCUUGCAAAGAGCGAUGCAAAGGCUCUGUUUGAAGCAGGAGAGAAUCGGGUUGGUACUGUUUGCUCUGUGCUGAUUGAUGUGCUCACAUCCAGAAGUGAAGCUCAGUUGUGCAAGAUUUUCCAGUAUUAUGGCAAUUACAGCAAGCAAGGUUUGGCCAAAGCGCUGGAGAGUGAGCUGCAUGGAGACCUUGAGGACUGUCUGAUGACCCUGGUGAAGUCUGCUUGGAACAAACCUGCCCUCUUUGCAGAAAAACUCCACCUGGCUAUGAAGGGGUUAGGAACCAAUACUAAUACACUGACUCGCAUCAUCGUGAGCCGUUCAGAAAUCGACCUGCUGAAAAUCACUCAAGAAUAUAAGAGGAUGUAUGGCAAAACCCUUCAGGAAGACAUUCUGAAGGAAACAAGUGGAGAUUAUGAGAAGAUUCUGCUGACUCUCUGUGGAACUCAGUAUAAUAUCCCUAGCUACCACUUGCCACACUGUCUUAGUGAUAAUUCAAGAAUAAAAAGACAGGUACUGUUCUUGAAAUCACCUACCUUAUUUCAGCUUUUACGGACUUCGCAGAAGAACAGCAUCUUCAAAGCUCCCAAGAUGGAUUUUUUCCAAAAAUUAUUCCAGCAUGCUAAUAAAGACGAGAGUUUUAAACCUGCUCCUUUUGAGACGGGAUACUUUGGAACAAUCAAGGCUGAUCCCAGUUUCAAUGCCCAGAAUGAUGCUGCAAAAUUAAAGAAAGCCAUUGAGACCAAAGGUGUGGAUGAAGCCGCUAUCGUGGAGGUGCUAGCAAAGAGGACCAAUGAACAACGACAAAAGAUCAAAGGGGCUUAUCAGCAGAGUACAGGAAAACCUCUGGCAGACGCACUGAAAAAGGCCCUGAAGUCAGAUUUUGAGGAAGUGGUCCUGGCCUUGCUGAUGACUCCUACUGAGUAUGAUGCCUUUCAGAUGAAAAAAGCCAUGAAGAAUCUUGGGACAAACGAAGCUGUCUUAAAUGAAAUUCUGGGGACCAGAUCAAACAAGGAGAUUUCAGCACUGAAGACUACUUACAAAGAAGUGUAUGGAGAGCUUCUGGAGGAAAAUAUUAAAAGUGAAGUCAGCGGAGAUCUCGAGACUAUACUGCUUGCUCUUUGCAAGGCUACCAGGAGCGAAGACCGUAACGUUGACGAAGGCGCCGCUAAUAGUGAUGCAAAGGCUCUUUUUCAAGCAGGAAAGAAUCGGAUUGGCACCGUUUGCUCUGUUCUGAUUGACAUCCUCACAAACAGGAGUGAAGCUCAGUUGUGCAAGAUUUUACAAUGUUAUUGCCAACUGAGCAAAGACGGUUUAAUCAAAGAUCUUGAGGGUGAACUGCAUGGGAGCUUUGAAGACUGCCUGACGACCCUGGUGAAGGCUGCUUGGAACAAACCGGCCUACUUUGCAGAAAAGCUCCACCUGGCUAUGAAGGGGCUAGGAACCAACACUGACGUACUGACACGAGUCAUCGUGAGCCGUUCAGAAAUCGACCUGCUGAAAAUCAUUCAAGAAUACAAGAAGAUGUAUGGCAAAACCCUUCAGGAGGCCAUUCUGAAAGAAACAAGUGGAGAUUAUGAGAAGAUCAUGAUGGCUAUCUGUGGUACUCCGUAGACAACGAUAUCAUUUUUUAUUCAAACGGCUCGCACUAAACACAUUUGUUCAUUAAAUGGGUGUAUCCGUGACCUUUGUGAACACCUAAUCUCCUCAAGGUGUGUCUCUUCAGGAGUGGUUCAUUAAAACUCUUUGUGCAA